GACCUUCCUGGUGGAACUGUCCAGAGUGCUGGCAAAUCCCGGGAACAGCCAAGUGGCUCGAGUGGCAGCGGGGCUGCAGAUCAAGAACUCCCUGACUUCCAAGGACCCCGACAUCAAGGCCCAGUACCAGCAGAGAUGGCUGGCCAUCGACGCCAACGCCCGCAGGGAGGUCAAGAACUACGUGCUCCAGACCCUGGGAACGGAGACCUACCGGCCCAGCUCCGCCUCCCAGUGCGUGGCCGGGAUCGCCUGCGCCGAAAUCCCCAUGAACCAGUGGCCAGAGCUCAUCCCCCAGCUGGUGGCCAACGUCACCAACCAGCACAGCACCGAGCACAUGAAGGAGUCCACGCUGGAGGCCAUCGGCUACAUCUGCCAGGACAUCGAUCCAGAGCAGCUCCAGGACAAAUCCAACGAGAUCCUGACAGCCAUCAUCCAGGGAAUGAGGAAGGAAGAGCCCAGCAACAACGUCAAGCUGGCGGCCACCAACGCACUCCUGAACUCUUUGGAAUUCACCAAAGCAAACUUUGACAAAGAGUCUGAAAGGCACUUUAUUAUGCAAGUAGUCUGUGAAGCAACACAGUGUCCAGAUACAAGGGUACGAGUGGCUGCCUUACAGAACCUGGUGAAGAUAAUGUCCCUUUAUUAUCAGUAUAUGGAGACUUACAUGGGGCCUGCUCUGUUUGCUAUCACGAUCGAGGCGAUGAAGAGCGACAUCGACGAGGUGGCCCUGCAGGGCAUCGAGUUCUGGUCCAACGUCUGCGACGAGGAGAUGGAUCUGGCCAUCGAGGCCUCGGAGGCAGCAGAACAAGGGAGGCCUCCAGAGCACACCAGCAAGUUCUAUGCCAAGGGGGCACUGCAGUAUUUGGUGCCAAUCCUCACACAGACCUUGACCAAGCAGGAUGAGAACGACGACGACGACGACUGGAACCCCUGCAAGGCUGCUGGGGUGUGCCUGAUGCUGCUGGCCACGUGCUGCGAGGACGACAUCGUCCCCCACGUGCUGCCCUUCAUCAAGGAGCACAUCAAGAACCCCGACUGGAGGUACCGGGACGCGGCCGUGAUGGCCUUCGGAUGCAUCCUGGAAGGGCCAGAGCCCAACCAGCUCAAACCUUUAGUAAUACAGGCCAUGCCCACGUUGAUAGAGCUGAUGAAGGACCCCAGUGUGGUGGUGAGGGACACGACGGCCUGGACGGUGGGGCGGAUCUGCGAGAUGCUGCCCGAGGCCGCCAUCAACGACAUCUACCUGGCCCCGCUGCUGCAGUGCCUCAUGGAGGGGCUCAGCGCCGAGCCCAGGGUGGCCACCAACGUCUGCUGGGCCUUCUCCAGCCUUGCUGAAGCUGCCUAUGAAGCUGCAGAUGUGGCUGAUGAUCAGGAAGAACCAGCAACCUACUGCUUGUCCUCCUCCUUCGAGCUGAUCGUGCAGAAACUUCUGGAGACUGCAGACAGGCCUGAUGGACACCAGAAUAACUUGAGGAGUUCUGCAUAUGAAUCCCUGAUGGAAAUAGUGAAAAACAGUGCCAAGGACUGUUAUCCUGCUGUCCAAAAAACAACCCUGGUCAUCAUGGAGCGGCUCCAGCAAGUGCUGCAGAUGGAGUCUCACAUCCAGAGCACCUCAGACAGAAUCCAGUUCAACGACCUCCAGUCCCUCCUGUGCGCGACUCUCCAGGUGAGUGUCCCGCUGUCCCUUGGAGUCUUAGGUGGAGAGUUCCUGAAGUACAUGGAUGCCUUCAAACCCUUCCUUGGCAUUGGACUGAAGAACUAUGCCGAGUACCAGGUCUGCCUGUCUGCAGUGGGCCUGGUUGGGGACUUGUGCAGAGCCCUGCAGUCCAACAUCCUGCCUUUCUGUGACGAGGUUAUGCAGCUGCUCCUGGAGAACUUGGGGAAUGAAAAUGUCCAUAGGUCUGUGAAGCCCCAGAUCCUCUCAGUGUUUGGGGACAUCGCCCUGGCCAUUGGGGGGGAGUUUAAGAAGUACCUGGACGUGGUGCUGAACACCCUCCAACAGGCAUCCCAGGCACAGGUGGACAAGUCUGACUAUGACAUGGUGGAUUACCUGAACGAGCUGAGGGAGGGCUGCCUGGAAGCCUACACUGGGAUCAUCCAGGGAUUGAAGGGAGACCAGGAGAACGUGCACCCUGAUGUGAUGCUGGUGCAGCCCAGAGUAGAAUUUAUCCUGUCCUACAUCGACCACAUCGCUGGGGACGAGGAUCACACGGACGGGGUGGUGGCCUGUGCUGCCGGGCUCAUAGGGGAUUUGUGUACAGCAUUUGGGAAAGAUGUUCUGAAAUUAGUAGAAGCCAGACCCAUGAUCCAUGAACUGCUAACGGAAGGGAGGAGAUCCAAGACGAACAAAACGAAAACUCUCGCGACCUGGGCGACUAAAGAGCUGAGAAAACUGAAGAAUCAAGCUUGGUAAGGGCUCCCUCCCAACCUCCUUCCCUGCUCCACACUUAGGGGAUCAGCCUGGAAGAGGCACAAUCCCAAAGGCUCU